AUGGUGAUUGUUCUUCGCUUCGUUGAUGCUAAAGGGUUUAUACAAGAGCGCUUCUUUGAUAUUAUUCAUGUGGAAGAUACAACAUCAAAGACUUUGUAUUCUGCAAUCCGCUCAGCUCUUUCUUUCUAUAAGUUCCCAAUUCAAAAUCUUCGUGGACAAGGAUAUGAUGGUGCUAGUAACAUGCGUGGUGAGUGGAAUGGAUUGCAGGAAUUAUUUUUGAAGGACUCUCCUCAAGCAUAUUAUGUACACUGUAUGGCUCAUCGUCUUCAGUUAUCAUUAGUUGCAGCUGCUAGAGAUGUGUUUUGGGUUCAUGAGUUUUUCACACACUUGUCAAGCAUCGUAACUGCUGUUACUGGAUCUUGUAAGCGCCAAGAUCAGUUAGAAGCCGCAGAAGCAUCCAAAAUUGCACUUCAGCUAGCGACAUGUGAAAUUGAGACAAGAAAAGGUGCUAAUCAGAAAAUAUUGGGCACCACUGAUAUGCUUUGUGUGGCUUUGCAACGGAAGUCUCAAGACAUCCUCAGUGCAAUUAGAUUGGUGGAAUCUACAAAAAAACUCUUGAGCGAAGUUAGGGAGAAAGAGUGGGAUUCUUUGCUGGCUGAUGUCAUUGCAUUUUGCAAGAAACAUGAUAUUGAGGCUCUUGAUCUUAGUGCUCCAUUUUUCAGAGGUCGGUCCAUCCGAAAGCGAGAUGUUACAAAUGAACAUCAUUACCAUUAUGAUGUAUUCAAUGCUGCAAUUGAUGUUCAAAUUGCAGAACUAGAGUCAAGGUUUAAUGACAGAGUUGUGGAGCUACUGAAGUUGAGCUCAAGUUUGGUUCCUAAAGAUGGGUAUAAGACGCGUUCGACAUUACUGCUAUCUGUAAGCUUGCAAAGGAGUAUUAUCCUCUUGAUUUUUCAGAAGAGGAAAUGGAUACAUUAG